AACCCAAACCCACCGCCCCAGCCUUAUAAAAUCAAUUUUUUCAUCCCAUCAAAAUCCAAAUUCUUGAUUUUCUGGACACCCUUUUACUGAUUGCUCCCAAUGACAGAAACCAGAACCUGUGAGUUUGAUCAUAACAAUAACCCAAAGAAGACCAUCAGGAUUACUGAAGAACUCAAAGAUGCGUUUUCUGGGUUGCUCUGUUCUGGGGUUGAAGAUGGGUUUUCUGGGUUGCUCUGUUCUGGGGUUGAAGAUGAUUUAUCUGGGUUUCCCUCUUUCGGGGGUAAAGAUGAUAAAGGUGGAAUCUUGAAAGAUGGGUUUGCAGAGAAAGUGAAGAAGAAAUGGAGAAUUUGUGAAACGGGUCGGUUGAGUGAUCCAUUAGUUGUUCUUGGUUCAGAUAUAAUGUUGAUGAUUUUGAGCUGUCUCGACGCACGCAGCGUGGCACUGUGUCUCCUUGUAUCUUCUGGAUGGAGGAAUGUUGCUUCUGAUGAUAAGAUUUGGAGCUCCAAGUGUGAAGAAUUAUGGCAAGGCAAAGCACAUUUACCUCGGAUAGCAAAAGUCAACAAAUUGUCGAAGUUGGCGGUUUACUCAGUGUCCAUAAUGGAUGGUAAACGUAAGCGAAUAAGUAAGGAAGAUUUGUAUGAUCAUGUGUGGGAAUUCCAUUUCACCGAGGAAGCUCCUGCGUAUUGGCGCAUGCUCGAUCCCUACUGGAAUGGAACAGGACGUCCUCUGCGCCGUUAUUUCCUCCCAGAUGGAAGUCAGACUGCAGAACCAGAUGACAAGAUAUGGGGUGGUCAUGAGUCUUGCUACUCCAUAGUAACUAGCUUGUUUGAAGAUGGGAAAAUAAGACAACACUAUGUGAGGAUAAACCGCUGGCCACCGAUGUAUGUGACAAGGAAGGAAGAUUGGAGCUGGGAGAUCGCGAACAACUUUUGUACCUACAGGAGCUUACCAGAUGCUGAUAAAGAAGAUGGGACUGGACCUUAGUUUCUACUUCACUAAGCCUCUACUACUUUUGCAGUGGUAGUAUGUGCUUUUGAAGUCAAAACUAUGGAAAUGUUUGAUUUUGUCUUUCUGUAAUUUUGAUGCAGUUUUGUGUUUGUUUGAAUAAUUAUAAGGCGUGAAUGGAAGACUACCAGUCCUUUUGUAAAACCACAUUUUGUUGAUAUUAAUGUCUUCCAAGUUUUGUUGUUGCUA